CACAAACUCAGGCAAAUAUAUAGCCCCAUUCACUCUUCUUUCUCUCCCACACCCCCUUUUAACACCAGUACUCCGACCAAUCUCUAACCAACAAAAUAUUCUCUCCAAUGCAGCAGUCUUCAAUCACAGCCGUUAAUGAUGUGGACCCUACUAUCUGGCGAGCAAUCGCUGGUAAGUCUGUUCAAAUCCCAACCGUUGGUUCCAGGGUUUAUUACUUCCCUCAAGGACACUCUGAACAUGCCGCAAACAGUGGUUCCCCUAUCUUCCUUAACUCCGUUAUCCCUCCCUUUAUUCUCUGCCGUGUACUCUCCGUCCAUUAUCUCGCCGAUACACUAACCGACGAAGCAUUCGCUAAAAUCUUCCUUGUUCCCAUUAUUAACAACAAUAACAAUAACGAGAAUAACGGCGUUACCGUUAAUAAUAAUAAUAAUAAUGAGGAUGAGGAUUUACAAAACGACGACGUUGUUUCGUUUGUGAAGAUUUUGACGCCGUCAGAUGCGAAUAAUGGGGGAGGAUUCUCUGUCCCGCGGUUCUGUGCUGAUUCCAUAUUCCCUCGGUUGAAUUUCGUUGCUGAACCGCCGGUUCAGAAUUUGACUAUACGCGAUAUACACGGUACGGAAUUCGAGUUCCGGCACAUUUACCGAGGCACGCCACGUCGGCAUUUGUUGACUACAGGUUGGAGCAAGUUCGUCAACAGUAAAAAACUCGUGGCCGGUGAUUCGGCUGUGUUUAUACGAAAAAUCGGAACAGGAGAGCUUUAUAUAGGUGUAAGAAGAGCUAUAAGAGGAAAUAAUAAUAUUAACCAGAGAUGGACUAACAGUCUAUUGAAACGUGAAGAAAUUAAAAUUAGUACGGGUGAGACCGGGGAGGGGCGGGUGGGGACGGAGGUAGUGGAGGCGGCUGAGAUGGCGGCGAGGGGAAUGGGGUUUGAGGUGUCGUGUUAUCCGAGGGCAGGAUGGGCGGAUUUCGUGGUGAGGGCGGAGAUUGUUGAGGCGUCGUCGAGUGUGUUUUGGAGUGUAGGGACGAGGGUUAAGAUGGCUGUGGAGACGGAGGAUUCGUGUAGGACUGCUUGUUUUCAAGGGACUGUUUCGUGUGUUGUUUUGCCUGAAAGUGGACCUUGGCGUGGAUCUCCGUGGCGUAUGCUUCAGAUCACUUGGGAUGAACCAGAAGUUAUGCAGCAUGCUAAGAGGGUGAACCCUUGGCAAGUUGAGUGUGUUCUUCCAACCCCACAGUUUCACUCUGGAAUUCCUCCAUCAAAGAAAAUAAAACUGCCUAAUGGGUUGCUCCCUGAUGGAAAGGAAAACCUCUUCUUCCCUAUGACAGGGUUCAGUAAUCCUCCAAUUGGACUUUGUAGCCCAUCAAUGGGCAAUUGUACAUCUUUUCCUGUGGGCAUGCAGGGAGCCAGGCAAAAUCAAAUUUGUUUAUCAAGUUUAACCAAUGUUAAAAGCAAUAAUAACCUUGGGUUGUGCACUAACAAUAGCUUAGAUGAAGAAAUCAAGCCAAAGCUUGAAAGUGUAUCCACCAAACUGAAUAUUGGCAGUUCAUAUUCAGACAACUUAUCGCCGGAUAGUCAGAGCAGUGUGCAUUUUUGGGACAAUGAGCUGGUUACAAAACCGGGUUCCAGCUCUCUGACAAAUGUUCGUGUCAAUUCUUUCCAGUUAUUUGGUAAGGUCAUCCAUGUUGAACAUUUUGAAGGAGGUUUUGAUGGUUUUGGUUGCUCUGAAAAUGAUAGCAUUCAAGUGUUUAAAGAGAUAGAUGGUGCAUUCAAGUCAAACGUCUCUCCCAAUAAACCUUGUAUCAAGCUGUUUGACAAUCUUGAUGUCCAACACCAAAGAGCCUCAGCUGUCGAAUCAUGUUCUUUAUAUGAUAGCUAUAAUCCAUAAAUGCCAUCAAUUGGAAAGCUGUACAGGUAUCCAAGGGAGGAGCGGAGCUGAUUCCAGUAGUGGUUCCAUUGUGGAUGUUUGCUUUCUCUUCGGCAUUCAGAACUAACGCAGGCUUUAGUCUAAGAUGUUAGGUGUCAAGUAAAUCUGUGUUUGCUUGAUAAUGAUGCUAGUACACGAGAUUGUAUUCUCUAUGUUGCUGUUAAUACGUGUCUUUGAAAAAUAACCAAAUGUCCAGUUAACCUUUUAGAUGCAAGUUAGAACUUGCUAUGGAUGGUAUGGUAGAUGUUUUUUCGAUUGAGUUAACAAAAUUCUCAUGGUAUCUAA